AUGACAUUGGACUCAUGUGUCGGAUACUUCGAUCCCAACAAAGAGACUACUGUCUUCACCGAUGCAAGUCUUGUAGGCAUAUUGGCAGUCAUUGUUCAAAACACUCCAAAUAAACAAGAUUUUAAACUAAUAUCUUAUAAUUCGAAAGCGCUAUCGCCUGUACAACAACGCUACUCGACGCUCGAAAGAGAAUGUUUAGCUAUAGUAUACGCCUGCGAGCAUAACAAAACAUACCUAUUUGGACACCCUUUUAAAAUGUACAGCGACCAUGAAGCUAUUGUAAAGAUUUUAAACAACCUAAACGCUAAAGUACUACUUUGCAUUGAGCGAAUGACUUUACGAUUACAGGGAUAUCCUUUUGAUCUAUACUACGUAAAAGGAAAAAAUAAUAUAUCUGAUUAUUCUAGUCGACACCCUGUAGACCCAUGUGAGGACGAAGGGCUAGAAAAAUAUGUCAAUUUUACAGCUGAAUACGCAUGUCCUAAAGCCCUUUCACUACUGGAUAUUCAAAAAGAAACUAAAGCUAAUCCUAUUCUACAAAUACUUACAGAGUUAAUUACUUCUAAUACCUGGCAUAAACUAUUAUAUCCGAAUUGUCCGCCAGAACUAAAAAAAUUUCAAAAAGACUUACUUGCUUACCGUAAUAUACGCCAAGAAAUUACAGUAAAUAAGACUUCAGACCUUAUUCUUAAAGCAAAUCGAAUUGUACUUCCACGUUCUCAGGAAAUGACGGUUAUACAGCUUGCUCAUAAUAGUCACAUGGGACUUGAGAAAACCAAAUCAUUACUUAGGGAAAAAGUUUACUUUCCUGGUCUAGACACUAAAGUAGAAGAAUAUAUAAAACGGUGUGCAAUUUGUCAAAUCCUUGGUAAACAAAAUGCACCAGCCCAACUAUUAAUCACACCAACACCAGAGGAAGUUUGGGACACCGUUAAUAUAGAUUACCUUGGUCCUUUACCUAAUGAAUUUUAUUUGGUAGUCCUUAUAGACCAAACAUUAAAAUUUCCGGUUGUCGAUAUUAUACAUAAUACAUCUGCUGACCUCCUUAUUGAUUUUCUACAAAAAACGAUUGCAGUAUAUGGAAUACCGAAAACGAUUGUCAGCGAUAAUGGACCACUUUUUACUUCAUUCAAAAUAAAAAUGUUUUUGAAUAAACUGAAUAUUCAACAUAAACAAAUCACCCCGCUUUGGCCGCAAGCAAACUCACAAGCCGAAUCUUUUAUGAAACCACUGAUUAAAACAAUACGAGCAGCACACAUUGAACGGAAAGACUGGAAAAAGCAAUUAUACAACUUCCUGUUUUCCUACCGUACUACACCCUAUUGCACAACCCGAAUAUAA